AUGGGACUCAGAAUCAAGAACUUAUCUUUUCUUCAGUGUUUACAGCUUCUUUUGUGUCUAUCCUUGGAAGUUCAUCUCUCUAGAGGUUCUGAUACAAUCCUUCCAGGCCAGUCUCUGUCUGGGAACCAAACACUUGCUUCCCCAGAUGGAAGCUUUGAACUUGGUUUCUUCAGACCAGGUAACUCUCAACGCCAUUACAUUGGCAUAUGGUACAAGAAUCUGCCCAAUCAAACAGUCGUUUGGGUGGCCAAUAGAGAGCAUCCUGUGACUGACCCAUCUAUCUCAGCAUUGAAGCUUUCUGAGGAUGGAAACUUGGUCCUGCUCAAUCAGUCAGGAGAUGAAAUAUGGUCGACUAAUUCGACAGAAAAAGUUUCUAAUUCUACUAUAGCUAUGCUUCUUGACAACGGAAACUUUGUUGUAAGAGAAGCAUCACUUCCAUCAGGUGUAAUAUGGCAGAGUUUCGAUUAUCCAACUGAUACAUGGCUUCCAGGAGGGAAGCUUGGAUACAAUAAGCUCGCCAGGGAAAAACAAUUCCUCACUUCCUGGAGAAAUCCACAAAAUCCUGCUCCUUCUCUCUUCUCUCUCGGGGUUGAGCAGAAUGGAACAAGCCAUCUGUUGCUGUGGAACGGAUCUGAAACGUACUGGACUAGUGGGGUGUGGACAGGAAAGAUUUUCAGCCUUGUUCCUGAAAUACAGCUAAAUUUCUAUGUCACAAACAUGACAUAUGUUUCAAAUGAGAAUGAAAGCUACUUUACUUAUGCUUCUGCUAUCCCUUCUGCAUUUACUAGGUUCAUGAUUGAUUCUGGUGGGCAGCUCAGACAGUUCGUCUGGCGCAAGGGUUUUAACAAAUGGGCACUGUUUUGGACACGGCCAACUCAGCAAUGUGAGGUCUAUGCUUUUUGUGGAGCUUUUAGUGUCUGCAAUCAGCAGAAGGAACCUCUUUGUAAUUGUCUACAAGGAUUCGAGCCCAAAUCACAAGAAGAUUGGGAGUCUGAAGAUCACACUGAUGGGUGCGUGAAGAAAACUCCUUCGUGCAAUUCUGAAGGAAAGGACACAUUCCUGUUAAUGCGCAAUAUUCGGCUCCCAGUGAAUUCAGAAUCCUUAGCAGCAGAGUCCAUUGAAGAAUGUAAAUUGGCAUGCUUGAAUAAUUGCUCAUGCAAUGCUUUUGCUUAUGAUAAUGGGUGCUUGAUCUGGAAAAGAGACCUCUUCAAUCUACAGCAGCUCUCACCAGUUGAAGAGAUUGGAAGAGAGUUCCAUCUCAGAAUUGCCACAUCUGAAUUGACAGAAACUAAACACAAGGGGAAGAAGAAGACCACUUUGAUCGUUGUUGUAACAUUAGCAGCCUUCUUUACAAGUUCAAUCCUUGUCUUACUAAUGAUGUGGAGGAGAAGGUCAGCUAAUGCAAACGAGCAAAUUGAGGAUUCUUUGGUGCUGUUCAAGUAUAAAGAGUUGAGAAAUAUGACCAAGAACUUCUCCGAGAAACUUGGAGAAGGAGGUUUUGGUUCUGUUUACAAAGGUUCAUUGCCAAAUUCAACUCCUAUAGCAGUGAAGCAACUUAGAAGUUUGCAGCAAGGAGAGAAGCAAUUCUACGCUGAAGUGAAAACCAUAGGAAUGAUCCAACACAUUAAUCUGGUUCGAUUACGGGGUCUUUGUGCAGAAGAUUCAGAAAGAUUCUUGGUCUAUGAUUACAUGCCAAAUGGUUCUCUGGACUCACAUCUGUUUCAGAAAACUGGGAAGACCUUAGAAUGGAAAAUCAGAUUUCUGGUUGCAGUUGGGACUGCUAAAGGCUUGGCUUACCUUCAUGAAGAGUGCAGAGAUUGCAUCAUUCACUGCGAUGUCAAGCCUGAGAACAUUUUGUUAGAUGCAGAAUUCAACCCCAAGGUGGCGGAUUUAGGCCUUGCAAAGAUCCUCGGGAGAGACUUCAGCCGAGUCCUAACAACCAUGAGAGGAACCAGAGGCUAUCUAGCACCAGAAUGGCUUUCAGGUGAAGCUGUUACUCCAAAAGCUGACGUUUUCAGCUAUGGAAUGCUGCUGUGUGAAAUUAUAUCAGGAAGGAGAAACAGCGACUACUUGGACAUUGGAUUGGAGGAUUACUUCCCAUUCAUGCUAGCAAAUUCUAUAAACAAAGGAGUUGAUGUUCUGACACUGGUGGAUAAGAAAUUGGAAGGUAAUGCGAACGUAGAAGAGGUUAGUAGAGCUUGUAAAGUUGCUUGCUGGUGCAUUCAGGAUGAUGAGAAGGACAGACCAACAAUGAAGCAGGUUUUUCAAAUUCUUGAGGGAGUUUCUGAUGCAGGAACACCUGGUGUUCCUAGGUUUCUCCAGCAACUUGCAGAAACUCGACCAGAAACCAUUUUUUACUCAGAAGACUAGUCAUGGGCUUUAAUCAGUGGUUUAACUGUCUCUUAAAUUCUAGGAAAUAAAAAAGUGCCAUGAACCCUUAAUUAGAAAGCACUCCGACUUAGCCGGUAACAAGUGCAUUACAAGGUCUCGUUUCUAUUCUCUUAAUCUCGGAUUUUCUUUUA